AUGGAGAAAUGUGAGAAAAGAAGAGGACUCCAAAACAAGAUUGAAGUAACAGAAAAGUUUGACCUAUCAGAAACUAGCGUAGGAGAUUGCAGAGGAAAAGCAACGGACCGUAAAAAAUUAUGUGUUAUAUUUACCAUCUUAAUUCUUCAAACGACCCUACAAGCGGCAUCAAUCCUUCCACUAGAACAGUCUUCAACGUCAUCCGUUAAAGUAAAACAAGAUGGCAGUGAAUACUCAUACUCUAUAAGUGAAAAUAAAGGACUAGCUACCAGUAAUAUCCAACCUCUUCCUUUAAUACCUAUAAUAGAAACUACUCUAUUAGAGAAACAACCUCUUCCUUCACUACCUAUAAUAGAAACUACUCUGUUAGAGAAUCAACCCGUAAAGCAAUUUCUUAUAAAUGAUUUGAAGAGAGUACCAGAAAAACAACCAGUGGAAAUAAAGAUACAAGAUUUGGAAAAAGAAAAGUUACAAGAGAAUUUAGAAAUAAAGGAAAAAUCGGAAGAACUAUUACCCGAACAACCAAAAUUGGAAAUGCCCAAAAUGCCGUUAAAGGAAGACGUAAACAUCCAAAAGUUGGAAAAACCACUAGAAUAUUAUCAAAUUAUUCCUGCAGACUACAGACUGAUUUUACCUAGUAACCUUCUUUUGGAAUAUCCCCAAUACGAAUAUUAUCCAUACUAUUAUAGAUACGCCAAUCAUUACCCUUAUUUCAGGUUAUAUUAGAAAAAUAUAUCAUUCGAAUUACUUUUAUUAAGUAUUCAUUUUUGUGUACCCUAUAAAAACAGUAUGAGGGUUUUAAUA